GUGAACUUUGAGACCUGGGCUACCAGAUAGUAGGCUACACGUAUUGGAGCAGCGGCCUUGUUUUUAUCACAGAUCAAAAGGCAACGGGUGACACUCCUUUUAAUGAUCUCCUUCCCUCGGCGUCAGCGGAGAGGACACUGGCUUCUAACAUGCCUCACUUCGCAACCACGCGUGUUUAACAGGGAUUAUUUCUAUCUGGACAUUUCUUUUCUAAAAGCGGUCAAACAAGAAGUUUUCAACAAUGAGGCUGCCGGUGGAAGUCUGCGUGUUUCUUAUUUCUCUCUUGGCUCCUGGAGUUUUGUACACCAUGAACAACAUCCCUGUGCUUCAGCAACCUCUUCCUAUCCUGGGAAUGGGAAUGGUCAUCCUGGGAUUGGUUCUUCUUCUCCUCCUCUUCACUGUGGGAAACAAGCAGAAAGUGGACCCCUUAUUCUAUGUAUUUGCAGAGUUUUCAUUCGCUUGCAUGGUGGGCCUGACGAAUGCUUUAGAGCAGGAUGGGUUCAUCUCUGGCUUCAUAGGCUUCUACCUAAAGAUGGGUGAGCCUCAUCUAAGUACCGCCUAUGCUGUGAUGAUGUCUUACUGGGAAGGGGUCGUUCACUUCCUCCUCUUCCUCGCUAUCAUCCACCGCAUGUUCAAGGGGAAGUCGUAUCGCAGCCUGGGGCUGCUGUGGGCCGGCUCCUCAAUCGCCCAUCAGAUCGUCCUCAUCCCGGGAGUGUUCAUUGGUAAAUAUGGGUCUAACAUCCAACCAGCAUUCUGGAGGAACAUCCCCUUCUUUUUGGUGCCUUUCUGGGCGGCGUCCCUGCUCUUCAGCAGACCCAGAGAGAUGCCAGUCGUCACAGCAGACAAAAUCUCAGUGGAGCAAAAGAAAAGUCUGCUGUCUCGACCUAUUGACCUGCUUCUGUCACUUGUGUUACUCGGAGCAAUGGCCUUCUCUGUUUUCAGAGGCUUUGUAGUGCUGGACUGUCCUCUAGACGCCUGCUUCACCUACAUCUACCAGUACGAGCCCUACCUCAAAGACCCAGUUGGCUUUCCGAGAGUUAUGAUGCUGGUGUAUUUGUUCUAUACUCUGCCCCUGCUCACUGUCUUCAUCUAUGGCCUGAAAACACCUGGAUGCAGCUGGAUGUUGGACUGGACCAUCUUCUUGGUUGGGGCCAUGGCUCAGACCCAGUGGUGCCAUCUCGGAGCAUCUCUGCACUCCCGCACUCCCUUCACGUACCGAGUCCCAGCAGACAAGUGGUGGCCUGUUAUCACCCUCAAUGUGCUGCUCGCUGCUGCACCGGUUCUGUUGGCCCUGCGCUGCCACACCAACCCCGCUUAUUUUAUGAAACCUGUUCCCAAGGGACAGGCCAACAAUGAGAAGAAGAAAAACUAGACCACACACCAGCUAUUGACUGUCGAGGAAUACUUCAUGCUGUGACAAGGCUAAUGUUUUCUGGGGACUCUCGUUGCCGCACAAACUUCAUUAAACACAAAAUAUUUCAACCUAAAACCGAGAGGAAAUGUAAAAAUGCUGCUGUCAGACUCAACUGUUCAAAAUCAGUCACCUCGCGCAGCAGCACUCCCUGCAUGAACUAUUGGACCCUGAUAAGAAGGCUGUUCAUUGAGGUGAGGACUGUGAUCAGAUUGCACGGCUUUCAGGUGACUCAUGCAGAUACCCAUUUGGUAUCUUCCCAAACUAAGACUAACCUGGAUCAUACAGGUCGGCAACACAAUACUGGAGAGUGACAGUCAUCAUUAUACAUCUUUCUAUGCAGAAAUCCUCACCACUUGAGCUUGAGGCUAAUUUUUACUGAUCCAAAAUUGUCAGUAAAAACUAUCACAGCUUUGAAGGUUUAAAAUAAAUGUGAAUAUAAGAAGUGUUCAUAGGAUUCAGUAAAUAAUGCUGCUGAAUAACAAAGAGUUGCUGAUAAAGGAGACACUCGCAGAUAUUAUUACUCAGUUAACCAGAAAAAGUCCACCUGGUGCCUUUAUGUAACAUAUUUUUUAUCCUACUUGUUGUCACUGGGGCCUCAACUAAUGACUAUUUUCUGAUUAACUGAUUAAUCAUUUGGUUCUACAAAUAUCAAAAAAUAAUGAAAAAUUUCCAGCAUUUCCUAAAGCCCAAGGUGACAUCUGACCAACUGUUAAAAAUCCAAAGAUAUUCAAUCUGCAAUUAUAUAACAAAGAAAAGCAUCAAAUCCUCACACUGUAGAAGCUUAAAUCAGAGAUUAUUUGGUGUAUUUCCUUGAUAAAUUAAUUGAAUACCAAAAUAGUUGUGACUGCAUCUCAGUGUGGUUUUCCAUGUUUCAUCUUCCUCUUUAUUUUGUACAAUAAACAAAUCAUCUAAAUCGGGCUUGUUUUUGUAUAAAAAAUGGGAUUAAGAUGAUUUGAGCCGACCAGUUGUAACAGCAUUUGAUUAAAUUACAUUUGCAUCAACCUUUUCUGUUUUGGCAUUAUCUCUAUUGGUUGAUGUGCAUGUGCACUUAAAUAAGAAAACCAAAGUUGAUCAUGAAUCUAAUGUUGGAUUCUGAAGUUAUCUGCAAAUGGAGCAGUUUGCUGGUUUAACAGAACUAUCUCUUCAGAUGUCAAUACUGCCUCCAGUUGGUGAUGUCAUUGUGCCUUGUGUGCGGUGAACUCUCCUGUCAAAUUGAUAAGAGCUGAACCCUGGAUUUAGGUGAGCUGUCAGCCACAACAGCCACACAAAUGAUCACAUGACACGUCGGCCAGCUGUCCAUGGCCCAAACAGUUUUUUCUCCUGGGUAUGUUAUUUUUUAAAUAAAGUGUAGUUUUCACAUGAAUCAAUGAAUCAAUAUUGUCCAGGACUGUAUAUGAUGCAUAGAUCAUUAAUUUAAUAUUUUAUGUGAGAGGGGGUGUGAACGUGGAACGCAGUUCACAUUUCAGUUACACACAGUAGGUUUUCAAGUUAAGUGUUUUAGAUGCAGUGUUUUGAAAUGUGAAAAAGUAAUUUUAGAAUAUAUGCCUGGCACUGCAGAGACUACAUGUUCAGUGGGACUAAAACAAAUUAUAAUAACCCAGUUAAAUGGACAGAAAAUGGACAGACCUUGCACAUCUCUUGAAAAUGAUCCGGGUUUAGAGGGUCUACAUGGAUUUAUGAUAUACUAUGCACAACUUAAGUCAACUGCUUUUAAGAUUUAUCUUAAUUUUUCUGAUCAAACUUUGGGAUCAAAUUAAGACCAUACUGUAAUUCAUCUCAAGAAAAUUCAUUAUUGUUGAGUGUUGGACUUAAUUGAUUUGUUUUUUAUUUUACACUGUUCUGGCAAGCACAUUCAUUUAUGACUUCUCUUUUUUUUUUAAAUACUCACAGACACAACAGAGAUGUGUAAAAAUUACCUUGUGAACCAAACAGGAUGAAACUAUUGCUCACUGUGCCGCGCAAUGUGUGCCGUGCAAGUGAGUGGCAAAGCUCAGAAAGGUUAAGCCAAAAACAAAGACUUUCAUCUGCUGGGGUACCAAGGUGACAUGGCGGAAACUAUCUCUCAGCACAACAGCACUUUCCUGUCAAAAAGUAAUGGAUUAUAGGAUCUCUACACUAGUUAAAAAAAAAACA